AUGAGCUACGCCUACCCACGCAGCGCCGGCGCUUCGUCUCUUCCUUCGUUUAAUUCGGUUACCGGGAGAGCAUCGGGUGUUGUCCGGCAGGCAUUGGAGGGACUGCCUGCUACGGCAAAAGAAUGGUUUGCGGAGGGAGCGGCGGGCUUUGGGAGGACGAGGGGCAGGAGUGAUGCCCGUGGCAUGGCGGCGAUGGUUCUACGGCGCCUGUUUACAGUUGCCAAUGCCGUUGUUGUUAUGUGGUUGUUUACGUUGUGGUGGGGAGAGCGGACGGUCUUUCAAGGGGCUAUUGACCGGUGUGUUUGGGAGAGCUGGGAGAAAUGGCCCCAAGCUGCCACGCCGCAUCAUGUUGCUUUCGUUGCCGACCCCCAGCUCGUCGAUCCCCACACUUACCCCGGGCGCCCGUGGCCUCUCUCAACCCUGACGGUCAAAUAUACCGACCAAUAUAUGCGCCGGGCCUUUUCAAAUAUACAAGAAAAUCUAGAGCCCGAUUCAGUCCUGUUUCUUGGAGAUCUGUUUGAUGGGGGGCGAGAAUGGGCUACCAGCACGACCGUUAGUCCCGAGGAUCGAUAUAAGAAGAUCAAGGAUUCGUUCUGGAAGAAGGAAUAUGGCCGGUUCAUGAAGAUAUUCAUGGAUCCAUGGCUCAAGCAGUAUUCGGAUCCAGUCGAUGGUCGCGGACGUCGGAUUAUUGCCAGUCUUCCUGGAAACCAUGAUCUGGGAUUUGGCAAUGGGAUCCAAGAACCCGUGCGUCGGCGGUUCCAAAGCCACUUUGGUAAUGGUAACCGGGUUGAUGUUAUUGGAAACCAUACUUUUGUUUCUAUUGACACAGUCUCGCUGAGUGCAAUGGACCAACCUGAUCCUGUGACGGGAAGCUCCCGUACGAGCGAGGGCGAUGAAGACGCCUCUCCUCGGCCAAUUUGGAAAGACGCCGAUGAGUUUUUGGACCAAAUGGCCACCCACAAAGCUACGGCAGAGACGGAGGAACUUCGGGUGCUACAAAACAAGACCGAAGACAUGCUCUUCAAACAUCGCAUUGUGGAAGCUGGAGAUGACUCCGUUGAACAGCUCCCGCAGCCCAAGUCGGCAGGGUUCCCUACCAUCCUGCUCACGCACGUUCCGCUCUACCGCAAAGCAGCGACCCCCUGUGGUCCGCUGCGUGAGCGUCUUCCACCAUCAGCGCCAGGCCUGGAAGAAGACGAGCCCAACUCGCUCCGGCUGGGUGGUGGUUAUCAGUACCAGAACGUGCUGACCCAGACCAUCUCCACGGAACUAGUGUCCAAGGCCGGCCCAAAUGUCGUCCAGAUUUACUCUGGCGAUGACCAUGACUACUGCGAGGUCAUCCAUCGCGAAUUCAACGGCUCUCCCAACGAGAUCACCGUGAAGAGCCUGUCCUGGGCAAUGGGCGUCCGACACCCAGGCUUCCUACUCACCAGUCUCUGGAACCCAAUUGACCCUAUCACGGGCGAGUCCACCCAAAAAAGCCCCUUGCCCACCAUCCAAAACCACCUCUGCCUCCUCCCCGACCAACUAGGGAUCUUCAUCCAUUACCUUUGCAUCCUGGGCUUAAGCAUCACCAUCCUCUUCGCUCAGGCCCUCUACACUACUAUCCUUUCCCCCGACUCCCCCACCCCCGCCAACGGCUCUGUCCUCCCGCUCACCGAGAGACGCAACUACCACCCCAAUCACCAGUACCAGACAUCCGGUACGUCCAGCUCCACAUUCCCAUCCGGUGGCCUGAUCGGGCGAGCCGAUGGUGACGAUGCUGUGAGCACGAAAGAUAAGGGAUUGUAUCGGCCUGCGGUGGCUGCGAAGGGUCUUAGGGCGAAGACUGCGCUUGUAUGGUGGAACUUCGUGCAUUCCAUCCGAUCAGUUGCGCUGGUUGUGCUGGGAGUGUACUUUGUUUUGAUCUGGCGCUGGUAG